GAACUCCGGUUUGUGUGUCUGUCACAGGUCUGUCAAAGUAUUUAGCUAACGCUAUCUUAGCACUCUCCCAAAGAAUCUGACCAGGAAACACGUUAACACCCAUUUUAAGGAGACUCAACAGCUAUCUACCAACUACGCAGCGGAUGGCCCGGACAGCACUUGUCGUAGGACCGACAUAAGAGGGACACCAAUCCGAACCUCUUAAUGAGUAAUGAACCUUAACCCCUUCUGGAGCAUGUCUGCAAAUACAAGUCGUAAGCAGAGACCUGACAACGAGGAACAGAGCGGGCACGUGGAGCAGAGAGCCAGUCCAGCCCGGCUUCCCUUCGGCAAAAAACAGCUUCCACCUAUUCCUAAGAAUGCAGCACCGGUUACCAAACCUGCAUCAGCUGGCACUCCAGUGCAGUCGGCCAAUGGCACACAUGCGUCCUAUGGCCCCUUUUACUUGGAGUACUCUCUGCUGGCUGAGUUUACACUGGUGAUUAAGCAGAAGCUCCCUGGAAUUUAUGUCCAGCCAUCCUACAAAUCAGCACUAAUGUGGUUUGGGGUCAUAUUCAUCAGACAUGGACUGUACCAAGAUGGAGUCUUCAAAUUCACUGUGUAUAUUCCAGACAACUAUCCAGAUGGAGAAUGUCCAAAAUUAGUAUUUGACAUCCCAGUCUUCCAUCCACUUGUUGACCCUGUGUCUGGAGAGCUUGAUGUCAGAAGAGCUUUCACCAAAUGGAGACGGAACCACAACCACAUCUGGCAAGUCCUGAUGUAUGCACGUACAAUUUUCUACAAGAUCAAUACCACAGAACCCCUUAACCCAGAGGCUGCAGUGCUGUAUGAAAAGGAUGUGCAUUUGUUCAAAAGCAAAGUGGUAGAUAGCGUAAAACUAUGCAACAGUCAUCUUUUUGACCAGCCCAAAAUAGAUGACCCCUACGCAAUAAGUUUUUCUCCAUGGAACCCAGCUGUACAUGACGAGGCGAAAGAGCGAAUGUUCACAUACAAAAGACGGCCUGAGGAUCACCACAAGGGAACACAGGUGUCAGGGUUGUCUUGGGUGAAGCCUGGAUCGACGCAGCCCUUCAGCAAAGAUGACAGCUCUCCCCAGAGCUGAGGCUGCAGUGUCCUCGAAGCAGCCACUAGAGGGAUCCACAUGCAUCAAAUGCCAUGCCAUUGGCUUACCUCAGCUGUUUAUAGGAUCUGGGUCCUUGACACAGUGGGAGAACUUUACACUAAAUCUCUACGUUAUUGCUCAGCUUUAAAAGCUUUGUAGGCAUCUCCUCAAAACAGCUUUAGAAUAAGGAAACAAAGUUUGUAUCAUAUGUAAAUCAAUGACGACAAAUGGAUGUCCCAGCAACAUCAUUUAGGCUGUGAUGCAGUGAGAGCUUUCUCAUUUAGAUGAUCAGAUCCAUGCACAUGUUGGGCAAGGUGGCAUGUCAUGCUGUCCUUGAAGGAGCUAAAAAGUAUGAGAUAGCAAUCACAUGGUAAGUUGAGUGGGAAAAAAAAAAAAGACUUACACUGCUUUUGUGAAAUUGGCUCAGGACUGUUCAUUAGUCAGACUUGGAAUGUUUUAGUUACAGCUGUGUGAGUAAAACAUCCAAAUCGACACUCCUCACAGAACCCAAUUUUAUUGACUUGUUUUAUUAUUGGACAAUGAUUUCGUUUUUUAGUCCCACUGUGUAAACUGUUGUCUUACAUAGUUCCUAAUAUAUAUGUAUAACGCAGAGCAGGAAAGUAUGGAUCUUCAAGAGAUGCUAAAUAAGUAAGCUCAUUUAUUUUAUUUUGUCUGAUUUUAAAUCAUUUUGAAUGUUCCUGUAUCGUUUGAUAUUAAAGGUUUGGUGUGUAAAUAAUGGAUACUGUGCUCAGCUUUGACUUUGAGAGAUGUGUCUGUGUCAAUGCUUGGGUCUUUGAGGUGAAUGGCUUGGUUUUAGCUUUCUUUGAAAGUGUUACUUUAAGUUUUCUUUUUAUAGUUUUUUUCUUUUUCAAAAGUCAAAGAAGUUACUGCAGGAUUCCUACAUAGGUCUGAGUAAAAACCAGACAUGUAUUUUGAUAAGCUUUAGUUAAUAAGUAGUGUCUGAUCAGCACAAAUCUUUAAGUUUUUCUCCAGCUAUGAGAAUACACAUUUUUCUGGUGUGUAAGACUGUUUCCACACUUUUUGAUAUGUUCAUAUGUUGAGGGCUCUGGCUUGGUGAGAAUUACUUCAAGAUCACAAAAGCAGAUUUGGUGCUUGACCUAUUUAAUCUAUUUAUAAUUGCAAUAAAAGGCAAAAAAUGUGACAAAAUCUCAGUGUACUUGACAUGCUGUCAUUAGGGCUGUUGCUUUCUCCAAACCUGAGUAUAAUUCCUGCUCAAGUUUAUGAAAGUGCAUUAUAGAGUCACAAGAAUUAAUGCUUUCCUCUGAAAUCAAUAAAGUGAUCAAAAACUA